CUUGUGAACACCUUCCGUUCUUUCGAUUUACAUGUACAACGAUACAGACCGGUUCGUUGUUCCACGGAUUGUUCAUUCUUUCGUUCGCGGUUCAUCACUUCGUCUUUUUCGGGCUGUCGGCAUCACAUUCAGAGUUUAUUCAAGAAACGACGUUCCCAGUCUGCCCAUGUGCACGCUGCUUCUGGGUCGCAAAACUGAUUCAAAUUUUGUCAAUUACACGGGGAACUAUGACUACCGAUCCAGAGCGCGCUGAAAACGCAAGUGACAUGGAAUUUGCUGAGGAUGAAGACGAAAACCCGACUUCUGAUAACACUACGCAGAUUCCUCGUAGACCUGAUCUGCUUGCUGCUUUACAAGAACGUCUCCAUGCACAUAUGUUGGCGGCUCUUCCAGCUCCUGUUAAACGCCGUAUCAAAGCAUUGAAAAAACUUCAAUUGGUAGCUACAAACAUUGAGGCCAAAUUUUACGAAGAAGUUCAUGCACUGGAAUGUAAAUACCAUAAAAUGUAUGUGCCUCUCUAUGAAAAGAGAGAAAAAAUUGUAUGUGGCAUCUAUGAACCUACGGAAGAGGAGUGUGAGUGGGAAAGCGAUGAGGAAGACCAAGGCCUCAGCAACGAAUUGAAGACCAAGGUGAAAAUUGAAGAUCUACCGGAAAAGAAAGAUGAGGUGAAAAAUGAAAACAUCAUAGGUAUUCCUGAGUUUUGGCUAACAAUAUUCAAAAAUGUUGCCAUGCUGUCUGAAAUGGUCCAGGAACAUGAUGAACCUAUUCUCAAGCACCUCUAUGAUGUCAAAGUGAUAUUCCUAGAGUCUAAUCCUAUGGGUUUCGUUCUCGAAUUCCACUUUGAGCCAAAUGAGUAUUUUUCAAAUGCUGUUCUCAUUAAGGAAUAUACCAUGAAAUGUGCUCCAGAGUUAAGCGAUCCUUUCAGUUUUGAGGGACCUGAGAUCUAUAAAUGCAAAGGCUGCCUUAUCGAUUGGAAAAAAGGAAAAAAUGUCACCAUCAAAACGAUUAAGAAAAAUCAGAAACAUAGAUCUCGAGGGUCGAUACGCACAGUUACAAAAACUGUACAAAACGAUUCGUUCUUUAAUUUCUUCAGUCCCCCAAUCGUGCCCGACGAUUCAGAAGCAGAGGUUGAUGACGAAACCCAAGCUCUCCUAACCAGUGAUUUUGAGAUUGGUCAUUACAUCAGAGAGCGCAUUGUUCCACGAGCAAUUUUAUAUUAUACAGGCGAAGGUCUGGAGGAUGAGGAAGAUGAUUAUGAGGAGGAAGAUGAAGAAGAGGAUGACGAUGACGAGGUCGACGAAGAAGAAGAGGAAGGCCACCCUAAUGCUCCGCCAGGUGGGAAACUUCCCCAGGGAGCCAAUCCUAAUGAGUGCAAACAGCAGUAGAACUAUAUAAUAUGUGAAAUAACUAAUCAUAGUAUCUAUGCAACGUUAUUAUACCAAUAAGCUAUCCCAUUAACCAACCAUUGACCAAUGUCUUUCUAGUAAAGCGUACACCUAGGCUCCAUCUCUGCCCAUUUUUGUAAACCAUCCACUAAUCAUAUCAAUCUCUCCUAUUCCAGAUCAAGCCUAGAAACUUCAACAUACCAGUGCAAAAUUUGUGUGUACCCUCUAAAUCCAUGGUUGAUGAUUGAUGAGUAAAUCUGGCGCGUUUAUAUCUACCUAUAGUAUGAUAAAAUCUGAGUUAUAAGCACCAAACAUAUUGUCUCUAAUUGCUGCUCCUCGAAAUUGCUCCGUUUUAUGUUAAAAUUGUUACGUUUACAUGUAGACAGGAAAUUAUUUGAAAUUUUUCCAAAAUCGAUGUUGACUAAUAGAGAAGAAUUUUGGGUACUGUUGAAGCAUUUUAAUACAAAUAUGUGAGAAAA